UUGUAACACACCGUACUCCCACUUGCACACCAUUUAUCACUCUCGCUACCAGCUAACCAAGGCCACUGCCUCAAGUUUCCUGUAUAAACCCCUAACAUUCGGCACCCAAGGAUCUCUAUUCCACUCCCAUUCCUGACCCCAUCAAUCUCAACACCCCUGCCUAAACAGAAGCCAAGAGAAAAUUAAUGUUGGAUUUAAGCACCAGCUGAUUGAAUUUUGCACAUAGAAACGUUUGAUUUAAAGACAGUUUUUGUUCUCAUUUCUCAUUUACUUAAAUCGUGUGAAAAUGGUUUUUCAAAAACAAGUAUCGAGAAUGCAAGUUUUUUAUCUGAAAGUUUGACAUCAUUUUGUUUCUUGUUGCUGAUAAUACAGGAUGGUAUCAAGUCAACCAUUGAAUCAUUCUCUCGUUUAGCUAAAGACUCAUCUUUUAUGAGAGACAACAAUUUUAAAGAACAAUCAAAAGCAGUGAAGUUGCUAGGCAGCGGGAUAGUUGCAGAUGUCUUGCUGUGGCGGGAAAUAAAGAGAACACUUUUAUGCUUUCUUAUCUUGGCUUCAUUAUUUUACUGGUUCUUUCUGUGCGGAAGAACUUUUACUUCAUCAGUAGCCAAGCUUCUGCUGUUAGUUACUGUCACUCUUUAUGGAUAUGGAAAUUUAUCAUCAAAGAUACGUGCUUUUGCGAUUAAAAGGAUAUCGUCGUCUUGUUUUGAAAUCACUGAAUCAACUGUGAAAAAUUCACUCAGAUCUGUAUCAUAUAUUUGGAAUAGAGGAAUUCGUCACAUCAAAUUGUUGGGAAAGGGGGAAGACUGGAGCAAGUUUUUCAAGGUGACGGUUUUUCUUUAUUUCACCAAGUGGGCUCUAUCUUAUUCCUUGUUGUGUUUGUUGGCAUUGCUAUGGUUUUCGCCUUCACUGCAUUCUUUGUCUAUGAACAAUAUGAACCAGUGAUUGAUGGAUUAGGGGAGGUCCUGUUCUAUGGUAUCAUGGAAUCAAAAGAAUUGCUAAGGAGGAACCUACGGACUCUGAUUGCUUCAUUUCUUCAAAACUGAAAUAGUUUGCAUCAACAAGAUGCUGUGGAUCAAGUUCUUGAUGCAUUUUAGUUUCCUUUACUGAUGGGACUAUCGUGGUUAGACUUGCUUCAAACUUUACAAAAAUGUUUUCCUGUCAAAGCUUCGGAUGCUUUUCUAUUGAGCAUUUUGGCAGUGAUGGUGGUGUUGGCGUGGAUCAGACCAGAGUCAUUGGCACUCUGAACCCUUUUUUUAAGCAAAAGAAGGCUGCCAAAGCAUUUGAAAGCUUGCCAUGCCCUGCAACGGUGAAGGUAAACUAUUUGUAUAGGAAGGAAAUUUAAAUUGGUAGCUGGAAAGAAAAAAAAAUCAUAUGGGUCAAAGUCAAUAUUUAUCAAAACAAAUUCCCAUCACUUCUAUAUAUAUAAUAUGAUCUACCAAUUGUUGCAUAGAAUUAUAAUGCUUAAUCCAGUUUAAGUCUAAUUGGUACUGUAAAUUGAGCUCCCUUUGUUCUUUUCUUUUUGUUUUUGUAAUUAAUUUGAUUUCAAACAAGAUAUAUUGUUACAAAUAUAAUUUAAAUUAUGAUAAAA